AUAAUUAAUUUUUGGCCACGGCACCUUUUUUGAGCUUCUCGAACGACGUCGUUUCCGGUGUUUAAUAUAGUCAGUUUAACGUUGUUAUUGUCAAGCGAUGUGGGAUUAUCUACGUUGACUGCGGUGGCUUGAGUGUUUGACAACAAUUACUGUACUGGGGUUGUUAGUUACUCCGCCAUAGCCAUUGAAGAACUUAAUUUGCAGCGAUGUUUAAGGUUCCAGUGCUACCAACAGUGGGGAUGUUAAUGGCGGAGUGUGCCCAAGUUGGGUUAAUGAUGGUCAGUAAAGCCGCCAUGUCUGACGGAAUGAGCAAUAUUAUUUUCAUCUUCUACUCCAACGCUCUCGCCUCUCUCAUACUCCUCCCUUCUUCUUUACUCUUUCAUAGAUCACAGCGUCCUUCACUUACUUUCUCAAUCAUUGGUGGGUUCCUUUUGCUUGGUCUACUUGGUUUCUUUGCUCAGUUCUUUGGUUAUGCUGGGAUUAAUUUGAGUUCUCCCACUCUUGGCACAGCAUUACUCAAUCUUAUUCCUGGUUUCACUUACAUACUUGCGGUUACCCUAAGGAUGGAAUCAUUAAAUUGGAGAAGCUCCUCUAGUCAAGCUAAAUCCGUAGGAACGAUAAUUUUGAUUUUAGGGGCAUUCAUUGUCACUCUAUACAAAGGGCCCUCACUUUCAAUGGCAUCAUCAUCAUCGUCGUCGUCUAACUUAUCUUAUACAGAACUUCUCUUUCAACAGCCUAACUGGGUCCUGGGAGGAUUGCUUCUCACAGCUGAUUGUGUGGCAGCUUCUGCUUGGCUUAUUGUACAGGCAUCAAUCCUCAAGCAAUACCCGGCAGAAUUGAUUAUGGUUUUGUUCUACUGCUUCUUUGUAGCUAUUCUAUCUGCAGUAUUUGGUUUGGUUUUGGAAAGAGAUUUAAGUGCUUGGAGCUUGAAAUCUAAAUUGAGGUUUUCGGCUGUUGUAUACUCGGGAGUUUUUGGCUCUGCAUUCCAAGUCAGUGUAUCUACAUGGUGCAUGCAUAAAACGGGGCCUGUUUUUGUAUCUAUGUUCAAGCCUGUGGGAAUUGUCAUUGCAUUUGCUGCAGGUGUUAUCUUCUUUGGUGAUACUUUCUUUUUCGGAAGAUUGCUUGGAUCAAUCAUAAUUGUUGCUGGGUUUUACUCUGUAAUGUGGGGAAAAUCCAAGGAGUCACAGGUCGAAUUGGAUGAUGAAUCGAGUGCACCAAAGGCACCUCUCUUACAAAACAGCGUUGAAGAACAUAGCAGCUCAACCUGAUAUUUCGGUAUGAAGAUCUCCAUUCUUAAGCGAAAAAAAGGGCCAAAAACAUGUGAAGCAUGAUCAAACAUAUAAGCAUGAGAUGAUGGAGCAAUUUGCAGGGUCAAAACCACCCUUAAUAUCAUAAAGAAAAAAAAAAGGUAUGAAUAUGAUAGUAAUAUAAUUGAAAUCACAAAAGUAUUGAUCAGAGUCUGUAAUUAUUUUCUUAAUUGUAUAAUAAAAGGGUCAUUAAUAUUCAUCAUUAUUAUUGUUAAAAGGCAAAUCUUGAGUCUUAAUUCAGUUAGUAAGCUGAUAGUCAACUCUCCCAAGUAUCAUUUGGAAUAUGAGAAGAGGAAAUAUUGAAAGGGUCGAAUUGUUUGUAAUAUUUAUAUAUAAUUAUAUGCACAGAAGAGAAACUAGUAGUCCCCCACUACGACUACUAAGAUUAGUUGACAUUUUCCAUUGUCAAGAUUUGAUCUUUGUAAACAAUGUUGUUGUGUUCUUGUCUCAAUUCUUCUGUUCAAUGAUAUGUCUAACUCUUAUUAAUGU